GAAAUCUCUCAUCGACAGCUUAGUCGGCAAACAGGAGUUACAGCUUUUGCAAUCUGACUGCAAACGUAGGAAAGCAGAUUUCCAAGCACAAUUCUGUUUGCAUUUCAGGAGACUGUUCAAUACAGCUACAAAGGUACUUCAGCAAUUGUUUGGAGCUGACAAUGAGUGAAUCAAAUCUGACAACAAGGAAGAUUUAUUCAGAGAAAAAUAGCAAUCUAGAAACCAUUGAAACAGAUGCCAAAGAGAGUGAACCAAAAAAUAUGGCUUUACAGAAACAGGUUGGCCUGAUCAGUGGUAUCAGUCUCAUUGUAGGGACUAUGAUUGGCUCAGGAAUUUUUAUAUCACCUAUAUCUGUCUUAUCCAAUACUGGAGCAGUGGGACCUUGUUUGAUUAUCUGGGCAACUUGUGGAGUCCUGGCAACAAUGGGUGCUUUGUGCUAUGCAGACCUGGGAACGAUGAUCACUCAAUCAGGAGGGGAAUAUUCAUAUCUCCGAGAAGCUUUUGGCCCAAUUCCUGCAUUCCUGUACUCUUGGAUGAGUAUAAUUGUUGUAAAGCCCUCUUCAUUUGCUAUAAUUUGUCUGAGUUUUGCUGAAUAUGCUGCAACUCCCUUCUAUCCUGGCUGUGUACCCCCACAGAUUGCCAUCAAAUGCCUUGCUGCUGUUGCUAUUAUUUUAAUCACAUUGGUGAACACCCUGAGUGUCAAGCUAGCUAACUAUGUUCAGAACCUUUUAACUGCUGCUAAGCUGCUGAUAGUCGCUGUCAUCAUUGUGGCUGGAAUUGUCCUAAUUGUACAAGGAAAUACACAGAACUUUAAAAAUUCCUUUGAAGGAUCACAAACCUCCUUUGGUUCUAUUGGUUUGGCAUUUUAUAAUGGACUCUGGGCUUAUGAUGGAUGGAAUCAGCUCAACUUUAUCACAGAGGAACUGAAGAAUCCAUACAGAGAUUUACCACUCUCCAUCAUCAUCGGUAUUCCUUUAGUUACAAUUUGUUACAUCCUGGUUAACGUUGCAUAUUUUGCAGCGAUGACUCCUACUGAACUUCUGCAAUCUCCUGCUGUCGCCGUGACUUUUGGAGAUCGGGUCCUCACACCAGUCUCUUGGCUAGUUCCACUCUUUGUUGUAUUUUCUACCUUUGGAGCUGCAAAUGGUUCCUGUUUCACAGCUGGAAGGCUUACAUUUGUCACAGCCCGUGAGGGUCAUAUGAUUAAGAUAUUGUCAUACAUCAACAUCAGACGUUUAACACCGUCUCCAGCUCUCAUGUUCAAUGGACUUUUAGCUAUUAUCUACAUAAUUCCAGCAGAUAUCAACACCCUUAUAAAUUACUUCAGCUUUGCUUCCUGGAUUUUUUAUGGACUGACUACAUUCUCAUUGAUCGUCAUGAGAUUUACAAGAAAAUCUCUGAGAAGACCAGUAAAGGUUCCCAUAAUUUUUCCAGUCAUUGUAACUAUUAUCGCUGUCUACUUGGUUCUUGCUCCAAUGAUUGAUUCCCCAGACUGGGCUUACCUAUACUGUACACUUUUCAUUGUGGGAGGACUGAUAUUUUACUUCCUGUUUGUUUAUUUUCACUUCGGUUGGAUUCGCAAAAUAAUGAAGCCUAUUACCAUGCAUCUGCAGCUGUUGAUGGAGGUGGGACCAGCAGAGACUGAAAAGUAAAAAUAUUAAUCAAAGCACUUUUUAUUCUGUUUUUUAAUAUUUUCUAUUAUUUGAGAUGGAAAGAAAGCUGCAUGCAAAUAUAUUAACUGCAUCACUUUUGGAGAACUGCACCAAAUCUCAUUCCUUAAAUUAAUGUAUAUGUAAUAAUCAAGUAGAUUCUGUUCUUUACAACCUGCUCUUGUAUAUCUGCCAUCUCAUUAACAAAUUGAGUGCACUUUUG